GCCACGCCCACCCCACCGCCCCCCUCCUAUGGCCUGUGACCCCACCGGCGCCGCCCCAUGCCCGCCCCGCUCGCCCCCAUCGCGGCGGCCGUCGGCGUAGCGCUGGGGGUGCGCCUGCUGCUCCUCCUCUCCCGCUCGCGCGCGCUCAAGCCGCUCGCCGCCACCACCUCCGCCGCCGCCGCCGCUCUCCGGGCGCCGCGCAUGCUCGCCGCGGCCUCCUCCCCGCUCGCCGCCCUCCUCGCCGCCUCCAAGGCCGCCUCCAAGUCCUACAAGGCGGCGCGUGCGCUCGACCCGGCCGCGCGCCUCCCCUCGCUGCCCUCCUCCAAGCGCGUCAAGGCCGCCUUCGCCGCCGCCUCCCUCCUCCGCCUCGCCCCCACCCUCCUCCUCCUUCCCGCCUCCUCCUCCUCCUCCUCCCCCACCGCCCUCGCCGCGCUCGCGCUGCUCAAGUCCGGCUACAAGCUCUCCAAGAACUCCGCCAAGGUCGUCGAGGGCUUCCUCGGCCUCCAGGUCCACAAGGGCUUCCGCAACGGGGUAGACGCGCUCGGGGUCGUCGUCAAGGUCGCCGUCAUCGCCUCCGAGCUCGCCGUCUGGGUCGGCGCCAGCUUCUGGCCCGGCGCCGGCGGCGACGACGAUGAACGCGGCCGCCGCCUGCGGCUCCUUGGCUUCACCAGGCCCGGCGGCAGCCUCGUCCUGGCCGGGCCUGCGAAAUCUGAUGCCCAGCUUGUGCUCUUCGAUCAUGGAACUGUUGUCGAGAUGGACGACGAGGGGUGCUGCUUGGGGGAGGACCCAGACCCCUCCCACUUGCUGCUCUGCCUCGCGGUGCCCCUACCCUGCCUGCCUGCCUGAGAUGGCCAAAUUAGUGAGUUAGCUGCAAUUAGCACACAACUGUUGUACAGUUGCUUAUAUCAUCACAUGUUGUAUGUAGUCACGUACGCUUUUCAGUUUUGAUCCCAUGCUUGCCUCCUCCUAGCUCAUGCGUGUCAGUCUUUCAGUUAGUUGUCACUCCUUGUGCAUCGCCCCUCAACUCAAUCAAUCGAGUAAAAGUAAAUAAAAAGGGUGGUUUAUGCUCACUCCUUGUCUAUGUAUACCUUUUCAGUUAGUUGCGACAUCAUGUUUAGUUUGAGAGCUCGGUAUUGAUGGUAGUUUUGUUGA